AUGUCGGAUGAUUCCGUUUUGGUUGAGGGUCUAAAGAGUGUUUCUCUAACUGAUCGUGUAACCUCUAAAUUGACGGAUAGUCAAGUAGCUAUCUUGGGUCAACUUCAGAAGCUGCAGAAAACACGUGAUGACCUCGAGGUUGAGUUUAACAAAGAGCUCAAUGAGCUGAGAUCUAAGUACGAUACGCUUUAUCAGCCUCUUUAUGAAUCCCGUUUUAAGGCUUUAACUCAGCCCUCAGGAGACGAGUAUGGGACACCGAGCCUUCCAAAGUUUUGGCUUACUGCAAUGAAGAAUAACAAGACGUUGAGACGCAUAAUUGAGCUUCAUGACGAGCCUGUUCUCGCAUACUUGAGCGACAUCAGUGCCGAGUUCCUAGAACCAAAGAAGCAAGAGUCCUUUAAGAUCGUCAUGACCUUUGACAAGAACCCUUACUUCACUAACACCACCUUGGUUAAACAGUAUAACAUGAAGUCGCUUGAUGGAGAGGUCGAGUCACUCCUGCAGGGAACUGUAGCCACUGAAAUAAACUGGUUACCUGAUAAAGAUGUCACUAAACAAACUGUCACUAAAAUACAACGCCAUAAAAAAACUAAAGAAACCCGAACUCGAGUUGAUCUUGAGGACAAGCCUAGUUUCUUUAGAUUCUUUACUGGUCAGGAGGUUCCAACUACCGAGGAGUUGAAUAAAAUGUCAAAACUUGAGAUAUCGGAACUGGAAAUGUAUGUCGAGGAAGAUUAUGAUAUUGGAAUCGUUCUUAGGGAUAAACUGGUACCUGAAGCAAUAUACUGGUAUUUGGGAGUUGUGGACGACGAGGAUGCAGAUGACGAUGAGCCUGACAGUUAUGAAAAUUCCGAAGAUUUAUCCUCAGAUUCCGAUUAAACGUGCUUAAAAUUAAUGAAUUAAUUUACUUUGUAUCAUA